AUGGUUGUCCAACAGCAUGGGCAAAUGAAGACGAGGUCUUCUUUGUCCUCGUACCGUCUCGAACGCCUCUACUUCCCAUGCUGCGAUCGACCCCAAGACAGACGCGAGGCCGUCUUCCGGUAUUGCUCCAACAGCUAUUUAGUCGGCAAGAAGGAUGCGUACCGUGGCAAGCGUCGACCUUGCAAAGAGUUCAAGAGGCCCAGCGAGAAAUGCUGUGCCCGUAUGCUUCGGGCUAGGACGGUGGAAGUCAACAUCCUACGGAAAAGGGUUAAGAGCGCGAGCUCCUGGUUAAGAGGGCUUUUAGCUCCGGUUGAUUGUCUGCGAGGCAUUAGGAGGUAUAAGGUCAAUGUGCUGGAGCGUAGACGGCAGAUGGCGGAGUACCAGCUCAACGCUGGAUGUGAGAAUUGCUCUCGUUUGCGAGCUGAGUGGUGUGAAGGGCGUGCUGGUGGGCUGGGACAGGAGGAUGUUGAGGAGAAGGAAGUGACUGAGGCGGAGGACAACGGUGUCCAAGUCCCGCGCGCAGAGGGCCUGGUCAGAAUUGGGAUGGGCGAGCGACACCAUGCUUAUUGGAUUUGUCCUUGUGAUUCGUGUGAGGUGGCCAGGAAUAGGGAGCGGGAGAUCAGAGAGGCGGUGGAUGAUGAUCUUGAGAUCGUGUAA